ACGUUACAAAACAAAACGCCGCUUUGUCUUCACUGCACGCAUUACGCAUACCAUAUACUAUAUAAUCUUUCAAAUGUUUGGGACUCUCGUGUUGGUUCAAUUUUUGUGUGUCUGUUAAUUUAAUGGUUGAUGCUUGUUUGAUGGGAUGGGAGCUCAGAAGAGCAUCCAUGCUGGCAAAGCAAAGAUUGACGUUAAUGUUGAUUUUACUCACAAGCUAUGCGCUUCUUUGAUGCUCCCUACCCUCAGGAGUUCUGGAAGUCCACUUUCACUGGUAAUUGGGAGUCUUUGCAUCAAACACCCAAAUUUGUUUGGGGGAAGUGAGAAGCUCGAUGUUUCGUGGGACAAGGGUCUAUACGAUUCGAAUGUCUUAGUUGCCUAUAGAAGACCACGGCCGGAAUGGCUUGCUCAGCAGUCUUUUGUAUUGCAGCAUUCUCUUUCACCUGAGAUUGGGGUCCAUGGUAUCCCUGUAAACAAUUUCUCCCGCUCAGGAAGUGGAGGUGUAAAUUUAUCUCGACUUUCAGUGGGACUGGACCUGAAGGAACCUGCUAGUUCAAAAUGGAGCUGCACAACCGGCUUAAAGUUUGAGCAUGUUCGUCCGAUGAAUGACAAUGGUCGCUCUAUAACUAGAGAUUAUGAUGGGUUUCCUUUGACUUGCAGUGGCAAUGCACAUGACAGUAUGGUAGUGUUAAAGCAAGAGUCUCGAUUUGCAAAGGCGAAUGAUAAUAGCUUUUUUCAUUUUAAUCUUCAAAUAGAACAAGGUAUUCCAGUUCUUUCUAAAUGGAUAAUCUUCAAUCGAUUUAAAUUUGUUGCUUCAAAAGGAAUCAAACUUGGACCAGCAUUUCUCUUGACAAGACUUAUAGGUGGCUCAAUUGUUGGGGACAUGGCUCCUUAUCAAGCUUUUGCCAUUGGAGGGCCUGGGAGUGUGCGAGGGUAUGGUGAAGGAGCAGUUGGAUCUGGUCGAUCAUGUCUGGUGGCUAAUAGUGAACUCACACUCCCUUUGAAUAAGAUGUUGGAAGGUGCCAUUUUCUUGGAUUGUGGAACAGACUUGCGGUCUGGUCAUCUUGUACCUGGAAAUCCAGCCUUAAGGCAGCGUAAACCAGGAUCUGGAGUUGGACUGGGAUAUGGACUGCGAUUUAAAUCACACCUCGGUCAUUUUCAAGUUGAUUAUGCCAUUAAUGCAUUUCAGCAGAGAACUCUCUAUUUUGGCCUCAGCAACCUUGCUUCUUGAGAUCUCUAGACCCGGAGGUUGCAGAACUCUAAUGCAUUCCCUGAGUGCAUGGCUCAUACAAAAGAUGGAACGGUGAAGCUACCAAAGCUGCAGCAAUAUUAUGUCUUCAAUUCAUAGCUGCAUCAAAUUUAUGAACUGUUCUCUCUGUUUCUAACUCCACAGUAUAUUUUGCACGUGGAGAGAGAAAUCAGCGUUAUAUUCUUUUUCAUACAAUUCAUGAUAAUUGGAGACUUGCUUAGCAUUUUUGCAAGGCUCUUGGAUUUUGGAAAUGAGUGCAGACAGGUUGAUUAUUUAUUGUAGAUGGCCUUCAACCAGAAGGAAAUAAGAUUGUGUUCUUGCACAAGAAUGAAAGCAUAGAAAACUAUUGCUACGUGUUUUG